CAAAGAAAUAGAAAAAGAAAAAAAAGAAGAAAAAAGAACAAAAAAAAAGCACAACAGCAAAGCAAAAAAAGAACAAAAGCAAAAAAAGAAAAACAAGCAACAAACCAGCACCAGCACACAAGAAAAAAGAACCAGAAAAACCAGAAACAACAACCAACACAAAAACCACCAGCACCACAAGAACAGAAACAUGCAACACAACCACCACCACCCAUAAAACCACCACCAACAUCACCACCACCACCAUCACCACCACAAUCAACACCACCACCAACCAACACCACAACCAUCACUCAUCACAACCAUCACCACCCACCACCCACCCCACUCAUCAACAUCCGCCACCACCAUUCCAUCCACCACCACCAUCACCAUCAGCCAAGCAUCCACACCAUCACCACCCACGCCCACCACAUGUGUCACCAUAAUAACCUCACCAUCACACAGCACCAGCAGCAGCACCAGCACCCAGCACCAAGCAGCACCAGCCCACAGCACCCACCAGCACCACCGCCACAGCACGCAGCACCAGCACCACCAGCACCAGCACCGCACCAGCACCACCACAGAGCCAUCCAGCACCACCACCUAGACCACCACCCACCACCCCAGCGCACCACCCAGCUAAAAAAAAAACAUAAGCACCAGAACCCAAAAGCAACAACAACCAGAAAAAUACCACACAUCACACCAACAAAAAAAGCAAAACCACACCACCCCAGCACACACCAAACCAGCACCCCCAGCAAAACAGAAGCAACACACGAAGCACAAAAAACACCAGCCACUAAUCACAACACGCACGCACAAGCAAAAGCAUCAGCACCAACCAGAAAAAACCAACACAGCACCAGCAAAAGCACACCAGCACAACACCAUCACCAACAACCACAGCAGCACCACCAGCACCGCACCACAGCACGCCACCACCACAAGCAAACCACCCAACCAGCACAAAGCACCACCCACCCACCAGCACAUCUCCACCAGCACCAGCACCCCAGCAGCACCACCAGCACAGCACCACAAGCACACCACCAGCCGCACCGCACCAGCAUCCCAAAGGGGGGGCCAGCACCAGCACCCAGCACAGACACCAAGCACCAGCAACACAACAGCCAGCACCAGCACCGGCCAGCACCACCAUCACCACCACAAUCAUCACACAAUCACCUCACCAAUCUCCACCCCUCACCACCAUCACCAAUCCAAUCACAACCAUCCACCCACAUCACCAACACAACACAACACUAUCACACCAUCAACCACCGCCACCAUCACCAGCACCAGCAGCACCCCACCACCAGCACCAGCACCACCAGCACCACCACCAGCAGCCCCACAAGCACCAGCACCAGCACCACCAGCACCACCAGCCACCAAGCACAGCACCACCAGCACCACCACCACCAGCACCAGCACCAGCACAGCACCAGCACCACCAAGCACCAGCACCAAGCACCACACACCACCACCACCACCAGCACCACACACAGCACCAGCACCAGCACAACCACCAGCAGCACCACCACCACCCACCACCAAGACUUUGAUGAUGAUGCUGGCGUGAUGAUUUCGAAGAUUCCUACAUUUGAGAGUUGUAAAGGCAUCCCUCUACAGAGCCCGUUCCAAGACUUUGCCAAAACUUCCUUCUACGCAACAAGAAGUGGACGCACAGGGCGCCUGGACGGAAACGCUAGCAGGAGAGAGAUUUCUACUCUGUGA